CGCGCCGAGCACUUCCGGAGUUGCGGAGAACGCUCCGGCGGAGGAAGUAGCGCGGGCCUUGACCGGCGUCGGCCGCCGCCGCCGCUGCCGUCCCGCCAGGGUCCGUUCCCUCUGGUCCGGCCUGACCCAGUCCGGCCCGCCCGGACUCAGCGGCCGAGGGAUCGCGGCCCCCGGUUCCCUUGUAGGAGGGGAACCUGAAGUUUUCCUCUGCUUCUUGAAUAUUUGGUUGGUGAGAAGCCUGAGCAACCAGUAAGCCCAAAUCCUGGAGAGGAAUCCAAGGAAGGGAAAAGCGGGCUCUUUUGUUGCGAUUCCAGAGAUGGAAAUCAUAUGACAGAGUAUUUGGGCAACAUCUUUCUGAAAGAUCUUCAAGGAUUACAGAAGACAAAAACACUAAUGUAUUUGAGAAAGUGGUAAAGAUUGGGGGGAGGGGAAAAAACCCUGCUUUCCUGAUUUGCAACUUGGCUGGAUGCUAAGAUGUCUGUGGACAUGAAUAGCCAGGGGUCUGACAGCAAUGAAGAGGACUAUGACCCAAAUUGUGAAGAGGAGGAAGAGGACGAGGACCCUGGGGACAUAGAGGACUAUUAUGUGGGAGUAGCCAGCGAUGUGGAGCAGCAGGGGGCUGAUGCCUUUGAUCCUGAGGAGUACCAGUUUACUUGCCUGACCUACAAGGAGUCCGAGGGUGCUCUCAAUGAGCACAUGACCAGCUUAGCCUCUGUCUUAAAGGUGUCUCAUUCAGUUGCUAAACUUAUAUUAGUUAAUUUCCACUGGCAAGUUGCAGAGAUACUGGACAGACACAAGUCUAAUUCUGCUCAGCUGCUCGUUGAUGCCCGAGUUCAGCCCAGUCCUUCCAAGCACGUCCCCCCAGCACACCCCCCUCACCACUGCGCAGUGUGUAUGCAGUUUGUGCGGAAGGAAAACCUCCUCUCUCUGGCCUGUCAGCACCAGUUCUGCCGCAGCUGCUGGGAGCAGCACUGCUCCGUACUUGUCAAGGACGGCGUGGGAGUGGGAGUCUCGUGCAUGGCUCAGGACUGCCCGCUGCGAACCCCAGAGGACUUCGUGUUUCCGUUACUGCCCAAUGAGGAACUGAGAGACAAAUACAGGCGCUACCUCUUCAGGGACUAUGUGGAGAGUCAUUAUCAGCUUCAGCUGUGCCCCGGUGCAGACUGCCCCAUGGUCAUCCAGGUACAAGAGCCCAGAGCUCGCCGAGUCCAGUGCAAUCGGUGCAACGAGGUCUUCUGUUUCAAGUGCCGUCAGAUGUAUCACGCCCCCACAGACUGCGCCACAAUCCGGAAAUGGCUCACGAAGUGUGCGGACGACUCUGAGACGGCCAACUACAUUAGUGCCCACACUAAAGACUGUCCCAAGUGCAACAUCUGCAUUGAGAAGAAUGGAGGCUGCAAUCACAUGCAAUGCUCCAAGUGCAAACACGACUUCUGCUGGAUGUGUCUAGGGGACUGGAAGACCCAUGGCAGCGAGUACUAUGAGUGCAGUCGGUACAAGGAGAACCCCGACAUCGUCAACCAGAGCCAGCAGGCCCAAGCCAGGGAGGCCCUCAAGAAGUACUUGUUCUACUUUGAGAGGUGGGAGAACCACAACAAGAGCUUGCAGCUGGAGGCACAGACGUACCAGCGGAUUCAUGAGAAGAUCCAGGAGAGGGUCAUGAACAACCUGGGGACGUGGAUUGACUGGCAGUACCUACAGAACGCUGCCAAGCUCUUGGCCAAGUGCCGAUACACCCUGCAGUACACGUACCCGUAUGCGUACUACAUGGAGUCGGGCCCCAGGAAGAAGCUGUUCGAAUACCAGCAGGCUCAGCUGGAGGCCGAGAUCGAAAACCUGUCUUGGAAAGUGGAGCGUGCGGACAGCUACGACAGAGGGGACUUAGAGAACCAGAUGCACAUCGCGGAGCAGCGGAGGAGAACCCUGCUGAAGGACUUCCACGACACCUAGGCGGGACGGGGCGUGCCAGAGUGAGGACGACGUGGCCGCGAGGCCUCCGGCUGCCGCGCUGCAGGCUGCAGGCUCCGCCUCUCAGGACCCGGGCCGCAGCCGGGGCCCCGCCCUGAGAGACACUGGCCACACUCCUCCUAGUCAGCUUCUGUUUCGUUCUCAUCUUCUGCUUUUUGUUUCUUGGCCUCUUCAGGGUUUUUAAUUCCCCCUGGAUGGUUGUUGGGAGGGAGGGAAAGUUUUUUCUGAAUGACUAUUAAUAAUAGUAUUAGAUCAUUACAACUUAUGUAAUUUUCAAAGGUUGUACAAUUAUACAAAAAAGGCAAACCAACUCUAGAAUUACACAGAACCCUUUUUAAAAAUAAAUUGGCAUUGGAGUGUUUUA